UCAAUAUGGCGGCCAAGGGACUCGUGUGCUGUCUGUCUACUGCUCAGUUUCCGCCCAUUCAACUCCCGGCGUUGAAACGUCAAGAACGUCAUUCGAAUUCCGUCCGUCGCGUUGCUCUGCACGUCACGGGUGGCGGGAGCGGGAAGGAGUUCGUAAUUCGGUUAGUCUGCUCUGGUGAGGAAAGUGCUGUCUAUCGCGCAGCUUCCAUCCCUCCGUCCGAGCAGCCUCUCGGAGUCCAACCCUUCACAUCUGACAGUCGUCUCUGUCCCUUCUUCGCCUCGGAGCUGCUAACUGGUCUCGAACCUCUCAGCACUUCAGCUUCUAGCGGCGAUGCAUGUGAUCAAGCGAGAUGGCCGCCAAGAGCGAGUUAUGUUUGACAAAAUUACAUCACGAAUCCAGAAACUCUGUUAUGGACUCAACAUGGACUUUGUUGAUCCUGCUCAGAUCACCAUGAAAGUAAUCCAAGGCCUAUAUAGUGGGGUCACCACAGUGGAACUGGACACCCUGGCUGCUGAGACAGCCGCGACCUUGACCACGAAGCACCCUGACUAUGCCAUCCUGGCAGCAAGGAUAGCCGUCUCUAACUUGCACAAAGAAACAAAGAAAGUGUUCAGUGAUGUGAUGGAGGAUCUCUACAACUACAUAAAUCCGCACAACGGCAGACACUCUCCCAUGGUGGCCAGCUCAACACUCGACAUUGUUAUGGCCAAUAAGGAUCGCCUGAAUUCUGCCAUUAUCUAUGACCGAGAUUUCUCUUAUAACUACUUUGGCUUUAAGACACUGGAACGGUCAUAUUUGUUGAAGAUCAAUGGUAAAGUGGCUGAAAGACCACAGCAUAUGUUGAUGAGGGUUUCUGUGGGGAUUCACAAAGAAGAUAUUGAUGCUGCAAUUGAAACCUACAACCUACUUUCUGAGAAGUGGUUCACUCAUGCCUCUCCUACUCUCUUCAAUGCUGGGACCAACCGCCCACAGCUGUCUAGCUGUUUCCUCUUGAGUAUGAAAGAUGACAGCAUUGAAGGAAUUUAUGAUACUCUGAAGCAGUGUGCCUUGAUUUCUAAGUCCGCUGGGGGAAUUGGUGUUGCUGUGAGUUGUAUUCGGGCCACUGGUAGCUACAUCGCUGGGACUAAUGGCAAUUCUAAUGGCCUUGUGCCAAUGCUGAGAGUAUAUAACAACACAGCUCGCUAUGUGGAUCAAGGUGGAAACAAGCGCCCAGGCGCGUUUGCUAUUUACCUGGAGCCUUGGCACUUAGACAUCUUUGAGUUCCUUGACUUGAAGAAGAACACAGGCAAGGAAGAACAGCGAGCACGCGAUCUCUUCUUUGCACUUUGGAUCCCAGAUCUCUUCAUGAAGCGAGUGGAGACUAACCAGGACUGGUCAUUGAUGUGUCCCAAUGAGUGUCCUGGUCUGGACGAGGUCUGGGGAGAGGAGUUUGAGAAGUUAUAUGAAAGUUACGAGAAGCAGGGUCGUGUCCGAAAAGUUGUAAAAGCUCAGCAGCUUUGGUAUGCCAUCAUUGAGUCCCAGACGGAGACCGGUACCCCAUACAUGCUCUACAAAGAUUCCUGUAACCGGAAGAGCAACCAGCAGAACCUGGGAACCAUCAAAUGCAGCAACCUGUGUACAGAAAUAGUAGAGUACACCAGUAAAGAUGAGGUUGCAGUUUGUAACUUGGCUUCUCUGGCUCUGAAUAUGUAUGUCACACCGGAACAUACGUAUGACUUUGAGAAACUGGCAGAAGUCACUAAAGUCAUUGUCCGAAAUCUGAAUAAAAUAAUUGAUAUAAACUACUACCCUAUUCCAGAGGCACACUUAUCAAAUAAACGCCAUCGGCCCAUUGGAAUUGGGGUACAAGGUUUAGCAGAUGCUUUCAUCCUGAUGAGAUACCCCUUUGAGAGCCCAGAAGCCCAGUUAUUAAAUAAGCAGAUCUUUGAAACCAUUUACUAUGGAGCCCUGGAAGCCAGCUGUGAACUAGCCAAGGAGUAUGGCCCCUAUGAAACGUAUGAGGGAUCUCCAGUCAGCAAGGGUAUUCUUCAGUAUGACAUGUGGAAUGUUGCUCCUACAGACCUGUGGGACUGGAAGCCUCUCAAGGAGAAGAUUGCAAAGUAUGGUAUAAGGAACAGUUUACUUAUUGCCCCAAUGCCUACUGCUUCAACUGCCCAGAUUCUGGGGAAUAAUGAGUCCAUUGAGCCUUAUACCAGUAACAUCUACACUCGAAGAGUCUUGUCAGGGGAAUUUCAGAUUGUGAAUCCUCACUUACUGAAAGAUCUUACUGAGCGGGGCUUGUGGAAUGAAGAGAUGAAAAAUCAGAUUAUUGCAUGCAAUGGCUCCAUUCAGAGCAUACCAGAAAUUCCUGAUGACCUGAAGCAACUCUAUAAGACCGUGUGGGAAAUCUCUCAGAAGACUGUUCUCAAGAUGGCAGCCGAGAGAGGUGCUUUCAUCGAUCAGAGCCAGUCUUUAAACAUCCAUAUUGCUGAGCCCAACUACGGCAAACUCACUAGUAUGCACUUCUACGGUUGGAAGCAGGGUUUAAAGACUGGAAUGUAUUACUUAAGGACGAGGCCUGCCGCUAAUCCAAUCCAGUUCACUCUGAACAAGGAAAAACUGAAAGAUAAGGAAAAGGCACUGAAGGAGGAGGAGGAGAAGGAGAGGAACACAGCAGCCAUGGUGUGCUCUUUGGAGAACAGAGAGGAGUGCCUGAUGUGUGGAUCCUGAGAAAAUCAGGGCCUGGGAGACGCAGCGGGCUCUCCUGCCCGCCGAGGCAGACGAUUUGAGCAUAGAUAGGAUAGUGGGUUUGCUUGGUUAUCAGCAGCUCUGCUUGGACGUGCCUGCCAGGACAGGGAGCCACGACUUACAGUACUGUUUCUACACAGUGUAAAUAUCAUUUUUAACAAACAGAAAACCAAAGCCAGCUUUGAUAUUAGGAAUCAAAGUAGAGGCUUUGGGAAUACUAAAGAGCCUUCCUGCAAAUUAGUGAGGAGACUUAGGAAGUCUCGUCUCUCCAGCUUUCCCUGCCUGGCCAUUCUCAGUUUGGGCAAAGAGAUUUAGUUUGAUUUGACUGAUUGCCUAGAAGUAAAAUCAAGCAAUUACUCAUCAGCUAAAGACCUUUGUCUAGACAAACUUCUAUAGGUCAUUUUGAAAUAAACAUUUCUAAGUGAUUGUGUGGUACUAAACUUGUCAUCUAUUAUCAUACAAGACAGUUUAGGGGAAAAAACCCAAAAACCCAACAUUUUCUGUUGAGUUCAGAGAGACAAACUUUAAAGACAUUUAGAUUGUAUAGAUAUCUAGUGUUAACAUAUGCCCUUUCCUGCCCCAGGAUGAAAUCUUGUUAACAUAAAAUUGACAGUUUCUUUCAUUUAUAAUUUGAUUCUGUGGCAUUUAGUUCAUUCACACUGUUGUAUAAACUGUCAUCCACACCAUUUCCAAAACAUUCCAUCAUUCCAAAUAGAGACUCUACUCAUAACCACACUUCUUACACCUUUUUGAAUAUGUAUUCCUCAUACACAUAAUGCAGUAUUUGCACUUGUAUGGCUUGCAUGAUAUCUAGAUACAUCACAGUGUGAUACGCUGUCCCUCCAUAUGUGCACACCAUCUUGUAUCCAUCCUGUCAUCUGUUCAUGAAACUUGGUUGUUUCCUCCCUUUAGAUAGGGAGAAUAAUGGCUGCCAUGAACAUUGGUCUACAAAUAUCUAUUGGAUUCCUGCUUUUAGGUUUGGUGGUUCUAUACAGCAAAGAAUUGCUGGACUAUAUAAUUCUGUUUGACUUUGAGGAGCUAUAUUUGCAGCACCAUUAUAUUUCUAUAAAAGUACUAAAAGGCCUUAUUCUGUCUUCAUACCUUAUAACACUCGAUUUUCAUAUUUUUGAUAAAGCCCUUCUAUGAGUGGGGAAUUUCCUGGUCUUGUAGAUUGACUUGUUUCGUUAAACCCGAGUUUUGGGGCAUUUUCUCCCUUUAGUCAUCACAUCCUUUUUUUCCCUUAUGAAACUCAUAAUAAAUCUGCUUUACG